GAACGUCGGUGUUGGUCGGUGGCGGGUGUUUCAGAAGCUGCGAAAUCAAAACAUCAUCAGCCCAAACACGUUUCCGAAAGACAUGGCUCAGAAGUUUGCACCGAAAUUCUGGAAGCCGGGGAAUGACCCACCUGUUACACCAUUAGAAGAGGAGAGAAAGACAACAUCGGAAGAAGCAGCCACAGCUUUUGUCUAUAACCCAGAUACAUCCAAGUCCAUCGAGCAACAGCGACAGAAACUCCCAGUUUUCCAGCUUCGAAACCACAUCCUAUACCUGUGUGAGACCUACCAGACAGUGGUCAUUGUAGGAGAGACUGGGUGUGGAAAAAGUACACAGAUUCCUCAGUACCUGUUGGAGGCUGGCUGGGGGGCAGAAGGGCAUGUGAUAGGGGUUACACAGCCCAGGAGGGUCGCAGCAGUUACCGUGGCGACACGUAUUGCUGAAGAGCGGGGCUCUAUACUAGGAGACGAGGUCGGCUACACUAUAAGGUUUGAUGAUUGCUCCGACAAAUCCAGAACACGCAUCAAGUUUAUGACGGAUGGUAUGAUGAUACGAGAGAUUAUGGAUGACCCUCUGCUAAAAAAGUACAGUGUUUUGAUGUUAGACGAGGCCCACGAGAGGACACUGAAUACAGACAUUGUGAUGGGACUUCUGAGGAAGAUAAUGAAGAAAAGGGAGGAUCUGAGGAUCAUCGUGGCUUCUGCGACACUCAAUGCCGAGGAAAUGAAGAAAUUCUUCAACAACAAUGAUACAGGAGAUAGGAGACAAGACAAAGCCACCAUACUGUCGAUAGAAGGAAGGACGUUCCCAGUAGAUAUCCACUACAGUUUAGACCCUGUACCAGAUUAUGUGAAGGCGACGGUCGAUACUGUAAUGAAGAUUCACCGCGGAGAGAAAACGGGAGAUGUUCUGGCCUUUCUCACUGGACAGGAUGAGGUCCAGAAGGUUGUACAGCUAUUGAUUGAUGAAGCCAGACGUAUUCCCAAGGACAAACUAAAGAUGAAGGUCGUACCUAUGUAUGGAAGCCUUCCUGCAUCCGAACAGAUGAAAGUUUUUCAAAGGACUCCCUUUAAUACGAGAAAGAUUGUGAUAGCCACAAACAUAGCGGAAGCUUCCAUAACAAUAGAUGGUAUUGUGUAUAUUGUGGACAGUGGCUUUGUGAAGUUAGUAGCCUAUAACCCUAAAACUGGCAUAGAAUCGUUAGUGAUUAUUCCUGUGUCACAGGCCUCAGCCAAUCAGAGGGCUGGACGGGCUGGAAGAGUGCGUGCUGGGAAGGCCUUCAGACUAUAUACAGAAAAAGCUUAUGAUGACCUGCCAAAAGCCACAGUUCCAGAGAUGCAGCGGAGUGAUCUGGCUCCAGUCGUACUACAGAUGAAAGCUCUUGGUGUGGGCAAUGUCCUGCGUUUUAACUUCCUGUCUGCGCCGCCAGCUCAGAACAUGGUUCGAGGUCUGGAGCUGCUGUAUGCCUUGGGUGCUAUGGACGACAAUGGCAUGCUAACUUCACCAUUAGGACUGCAAAUGGCAGAAUUCCCGCUGUCUCCAAUGUUUGCUAAAAUGCUACUGGUAUCAGGAGAGUACCAGUGUUCAGUGGAGGCGAUCGCUGUGGCGGCCAUGACACAGAUACAGAAUGUGUUUGUGACCCCUUCUGGUCAGAGGAACACCUCGGACAAGAUGAAACGGAAAUUUUCGGUAGAUGAAGGAGACCAUGUGACACUAGUGAACGUUCUUGCUGCUUUCCUCAAGUAUGGCAGUAAUAAGAAAUGGUGCCAUGAAUAUUUAUUAAACUACAAAGGCCUGACCCGCGCUGUGCAGAUUCGUGACCAGCUUACACGACUCCUCACUAGAUUUAACAUUCCCAUCAUAUCCUGUGAAGAAAAUGUGGACAAUUUACGUCGCUGUAUCACAGCAGGAUUCUUCGCCAAUGCAGCAUGUCUGCACUACACAGGAGAAUAUCGGUCAGUCCGAGAUGACCACCCACUCCACAUUCACCCAACAUCUGUCCUGGCGGUAGAGAAACCCCCUCAAUGGGUUGUCUUUAACGAGGUGGUACAGACCAACAAGGAUUACAUGAGAGAUAUCACGGUUAUAAACCCCGAUUGGCUGGCCGAGCUUGCCCCACAUUUCUACCAAUUUGGUACUGAAAGGGAAAUUGCAGCCAAACGGUCCAAACUUGAUUGAGCAUUUAGAAAAAUAACCCACAAGAUGAACACUGCCCAACAGAGGUCCUGACUCCCGCCAAGGAUCAUGAUCAGAGGCCUUCUAUAUAGAAACGGCUCACUGUCACGGAGCCUCGGACGACUGUCACGCAGACUCGGACUUACGACUGUCUUAUGAUGAUUUUGUAGUCAAUAGCAGUACAGCAGUUUCAUCUUCACUCAAUCUGCAUUGAAACUUCUAUGAUAGUGCAAAGUAUUGUUGAUUGGCUUUCAGAUGACAUCCCGUGUCCAUCUUGAUUGUAGAUGAUAACAUGACAUUAUUCUCUGUUGUGUUAACUCCCAGACGACAGAUGACCUUGGCCCCAGUUAAAGUAACAUGUCAUUGUAGGACUAGGUGAUCAAUGGGAAUAUUAAAGGGUAUAGUCCGACACGAAUGACCUAUCCCUUGGACCUUAUUAUAGACAAAGUAGGCGAUCCUAUUUGUGCGUUUGUUCAUAUUAGGAAGAGAGUUUAGAAAUUGAGUGUAAGAUAAUAAACUUUAUUUAUUUUACAACAAUUGCAAAGCCAGUUAUAUCAACAUAUAUUGAUCACGAUUGUUGGCCAAGAUUAAAGUGUGCGAGGGGUCUUACUGUGGGAGGAAAUCGGAGUACUCAGGGAAAACCCACAUGGUUGGGGAGGUAACCCGUACAUUUUCCAUCCAGGGGAAUUGAACCCCGGCCUCCUAGGUGAAAGGCGAGUGUGCUACCUCUGUUCCACCCGACCACCCAGAUGAUACAUUGAGAGAGAAAAUUGUUCUGGUAAGGUACGUUGAAUGAAAAGGCUGUUCAUUUUUAAAGACGAAAUAUUGAAUGAGAAUACUGUGUUAGGUGAGAUAUUGAAUGAGAAUUCUGUUUCUGUAUAAGGUGAGAAAUUGACUGAGAAUGCUGUUUUAGAUCAGAUAUUUAAUUAGAAUUUUGUUUAAGAAAUUGACUGAAAAUGCCGUUUUAGAUAAGAGUUUUAAUGAGAAUUCUGUUGAAGAAAUUGAAUGAGAAUGCUGAUUUAGUGAGAAACUGAUCAUGAAUGAGAAUGCCGUUUAAGGCAAGAAAGUAAAUGAGAAUGAUGUUUCAUGUGAGAAUGGGAAUGCUGGGUUUUGUUUUAGAUGUAUAAUUUCAAUACCAAGAAUAUUUUAAAUAAACUACUUUGUAAUAGUGCA